AUGUGCCCCCGAAAUCGGCCCCCGGCCGUCCAAGGAGCACAAGAGAGCGAUAUUUUUCCCUGUCGACGAGACCAAGCCUCAAGUUAUCUGGAUACGUUGCCUACCCUGCCUGGGCUUACCCCUGGGUCGAGUUAUGAGCGCCCUGACACCAAGCCAUACAUCGGGGACGGCAAGCCUGGAUGCGAGUACAUCCAAAUCAACCAAGUGAGGGCUCGCCAGCUGGGACGUGACUUCGCGGCUCCUGAUCCAACUGCCAAGGGCUAUUGUAUUGGUCUGUAUGACCGCGAUUACUUUAGACUGGAUAGAUCACCCCGCAAUCAGAGUCUCGAGGCUGCUUUAGCCACUUCGGGUAAGUUAGAUGUUCCCUAUCGUGGCCCGGUUGUUGCUCUCCGAGAACUUCCUAAAGAGUUCCACGGGGACAUUACCUUCUCGGAUUACCGACACAUCAUCGACUACUUUGCUGAGUACAGAGUCGGGGGUGCCCCCUGGGUUCCUCACAGCCCUCCUACUUCCAUAAAAAUAAGGAUGGCAGCGCGCGGCGCUAAAGUCUAUAGUAAUGCCAAACACAAGGUCAACAAUUUGCCUCGCUUUACCUCGGUUCCAACUGCUGCUGUUACCUGGAUCAUGCAGACCAUGGGCACUCUCUCACACAUCUCCGCGCAGCUAGGAAUGCCAUUGUGCUUGUGGAAAUAUCCCGGGCCAAACUCCGCCGAUGAAUCACCCAGGUUUGCUGCAGGGGGCAAGUCCGGCAACGAGCACGCAGCAUCUCUUAUGAUGAACAUCAAUGUCUUUAGCCCUGUCUGGGGUUUCCCAUCCAGCCUCUGGAUGUGUAAAACGGGCGAUGUGUUCGUUGCUCGUACGGACGGAAAAGAAUUGGAUCCCCGCUACUAG